AUGGGCAACAUGGCAACAGAGAUCGUUGCCUUUCUUCUGACCAUCUCUGGUUGGAUUCUGGUGUCGUCCACUUUGCCUACAGACUACUGGAAGGUGUCCUCUGUAGACGGGACGGUCAUCACAACAGCUACCUUCUGGUCUAAUUUAUGGAAAACAUGUGUGACGGAUUCCACUGGUGUGUCCAACUGCAAGGACUUUCCUUCAAUGCUGGCUCUUGAUGCCUAUAUCCAGGUGUGUCGUGGUCUCAUGAUCACCUCCGUAUGUCUGGGUUUCUUCGGCGCCAUCCUCGCCUUAGUAGGAAUGAAAUGCACAAAAAUUGGCGGCUCGGAGACCACCAAGGCUCGCCUGACUGUCCUCGCUGGCAUCCACUUCAUUCUCAGCGGCCUAUGCUGCAUGACUGCAUGCUCCAUAUACGCACACAGGAUCACCACUGACUUCUUUGACCCCCUCUUUGUCGCUCAGAAGUUUGAGCUUGGAGCAGCUCUUUUCAUCGGGUGGGCCGGAUCCGUGCUGUGUAUCCUCGGAGGCUUCGUCUUCUGUCUCUCCAUGUCUGAAGGCUUCAGUUUGAGGGCUGAAUACUCUUACCGAGGGUCUGCAUCAUUUGUGACGACACGCAACAAGCACAGCAAGACAGCGAACAGCCUCCACAAGGAAGCAGGAGAGCCGUCGAGGCAGUUUGGAAGAAAUGCUUACACUGAUGUGACCUACCAGGGUCACAAAGUCAAAUUUGACCCCUUCAACGCUGGAGGUUUCCUCUCCUAUCAGCCAUCCGUCUUCACCUCUGAAUUAUUAUCAAUAGGCACCCCAGGUUAUGUUACGCAAAACCUCCUGGCCCAGAGGUCUGAUACCUGA